UAGAAAAAAUAGCAAUUUUAAGCGCUAAAUUAAUAGUGUUGAUUUUCUGUGAUUUUAAUCAAAUUAUUAACAAAAAUUAUUUUAAUAAGCAAAAUAAAACAAAAAAAUUUAUUGAAAUUGUUUGUGAGUGUAUUAAAAACAAAAACAACAACAAUAACAACAACAUAAAUAUUAAUAACAGCUCGCCUAGUGAAAUUAAUCCCAUACCAAUUGAACCAAAAGUGAACUUUCAAGCAGCGCAAAAGCACAUAGAAACUAGUCAAGAAGGACAAGAGUCGAGGGAAGCAGCAAAGCAGUUCUUAAGGAACUUCCAGCUUAGACCCGCAAACAUAAAUAGAGCUUUAUUUACUGUUGGCAUAUUGCUGUGAAUACGAAACCACGCAAAGAGAGCCGUUGCAAGCUUCGCCACAGUCGCUUUCUCAGCGCCAAAUCGUCGUGUGGUGCGUCGUAUAUUUUUUGAAAUAGAAACAGUUCAAGCAGGAUAUAGAUUACCAGGCGCUUUUGAAGAAUAAGAAGAGCAACACAAAUAGACCUACUCGUAUCGUUAUCAAAAAUAUACGAAACUUUGAAGCGGCGGACGAGUAUUGGUGUGUACGAGAUCUCAAGAACGUCGAAAACUGACGAGGAGACAGACUCGGAGCGCCACAGAGAAGACCACGUGCUUGCGCCGUGAGCAUAGCGCUGAAGGAAAACUUAAUAGAAGAAGAAGAAGACGAAGACGAAGAAGAAACUAAGAGCUUAAGAAAUAAUAAAAAGAAAAAAUAUUCCUGGAGCAUAACGAAAAGGUCGAGUACAAUAAACGAAAUUUUGCUGAAAUCCAUUGUGUUCAAGACGAAAUCAGACGUACACAAACAAAAAAAAUCAACAACAAAAAAAUUAUUGAAUUAACUUAUAAUUGGAAAAAAACCGUUAAAUAUACCUUAAAUAAAUCGCAUAAAAUCGUUUUUGUACCAAUCUUCGUAAAAAACAACCACACCACCUGCAUCACCACCACCAAAACCACCACCCCGUUAGUUAUAAUACACAACACCCCACAACAUGGUUGCGAAUCAAACCAAUACAAAGGCCAAGCCAGACGGUGCAGCCUACCAGAACCUCUCCACACCCACGGAGAUCGAAUCGAUUGCGGCCUCCAUGUCGCCUACACCCACAACAACACCACUGAAUAAAUCCAUCAAACAUGAUUUCUUCCCCGAGGUGAAGUUUUGCGACCUCUCGGCCAGUGACUUAAAUGACGGCGAUGGCGAUGGCGAUGGUGAUGGCGAUUAUGCGGCCAGUGAACGUUUAAUCAAACAUUGUCUGAUCACCGUAGACGAUGGUAAUGGCGGCUUGACUAGCACUAUCAACACAACAACAACAUUCGCAUUAAUGGAGGGUAAUGAUGUUAAGAAGCGUACGCGUUUAAUUUCAAAUGAAUCGGGCGAUUCGAUAGAUUCGGGUUCGACUGAUAAGAAGAAGCCGGAAAUACCGGAUGGUGGCUACGGUUGGGUAGUCGUAAUGUCUUCACUUGUCGUCUCGCUAAUCGCGGACGGCUUAUCAUUCUCAUUUGGUCUCAUCAAUUCACAAUUGCUGGAUUAUUUUGGCGAAUCGCCCUCGAAGACAGCCUGGAUUAGUUCAUUGUUCUUCUCGGUGCCAUUGCUGAUGGGUCCGAUUUGGUCAAAUUUAGUUGACAAUUAUGGCUGUCGUAAGAUGACUAUUUUUGGCGGGCUGCUGUCGGCCAUUGGAUUUGGACUGUCUUCGUUUUGUAACUCAGUGGAGAUGUUGAUGUUAACUUUUGGCGUCAUAUCCGGCCUAGGACUGGGUAUUGGUUAUGUGACAGCUGUGGUAUCAAUCGCUUUUUGGUUCGAUAAGAAACGUACAUUCGCCACGGGUAUUGGCGCUUCGGGCACGGGUAUUGGCACAUUCUUAUAUGCACCGCUCACGCAAUGGCUCAUCGACACGUACGGCUGGCGUGGCGCUACACUCAUACUCGCCGGCACCAUGCUCAAUACUUGUGUGUGUGGCGCGCUGAUGCGAGAUCCCGAUUGGCUGAUUGAGGAGAACCGACUCGAGAGCCGUUCACAAAGUGUCACCACAUUUUCGAAUUCAAGCGUUUGUCUUGAGGAAAUUAAAAAACUACUCGAUACAGGCAUAACCAAGGAGGCUGUACUAGACACUUUGGUGACGAAGAAUAACACCGAAGCCAAUCAGCAGAUUGAUGAUCCUCAUGAGCACGUUAUGAAACGCUAUCGUAGUGAAAUAUUCCUACCAACCUAUUUGGGUUCGCAGGAUCUAGAAUGUCCGUACGAGAUUAAAAGCCGCAGUCGACGUUCGCUGCGUCACAAGGAGGGCAUGGAAGCGCCUUCACGCGAAAAUUUACUCUCAAUGUCAUCGACUGGUCCCAAUCCAACGGCAACCAUUAUCGGCUCACCAGAUGACACAAUGAUGGGCGGCAUUGCCGAGACCGCUGCUGAGGAGGCGAAAAAGAGCUUUUUAGCUUCAAUGGAGACACUCUCACCGUCUGAGAAAAAUUCAUUUGAUCGUGCUACACCAUCGUGCGGUUCGAUGUCUUCGCAACAUGAUUUCGGUGGUGUACAUUCAAAUGUACUACCACCAACUCCGCGUCUAUAUCAACGCAAUACCAGUAAUGAGGGAAAUAUCGCCAACUCACGUUACUCUCUAAAUGAGAAUUUCUUUAGCGCGAAAAAUGCCUAUGCUACAUUUGGAGACUUAAAGCCGAAUGGCUUGCGGCACAAUUCAGUUGAUAUACUGAGCGAUGAGACUUACUAUAUGUCAAUUAAAAACGAUACCACUGGCCUUUUAGAUGGUAAUUUUAGAAAACAUCACAAUGAUCCGACAAUUGUAACGAUACCGGAGAACGAGGCCGCCGCCGCCACCAAGUCGUCGAGACGUGCACGCGCCGACAGCAUUAGUGGUAUGCGUCGGCUGUCAAAGUCAAAGAAGCCGGUUGGUGUACGUCCGAGUCUGCGCUAUAAUACGUCGAUAAAGAAUUCGAAUUUUCUCAAAAAUAUGCGUAUACAUCGUAACUCGAUACAUUAUCGGGGCGCUAUGCUGAAUACACAUCGUUAUCGACUGCGUGCAUCUUCGUGUCCCAACAUAUACAGGAACUCGAUGACGACUAUCGCUAAGGAAGAAGAAGACACAUGGUACGAAACCGUAAUUGACACGAUGAAGACAGUAUUUGAUUUUUCAAUGUUUAUGGAUUUGAAAUUUACAUUAUUUAAUUUAUCAACAUUGUUCUUAUUCAUAUGGUUCAUUAUUCCAUAUCUGUAUCUACCCGAACACAUGAAGCUGCACGGUUACGAAACAUCGGAUAGCGCACAAAUGAUAUCGGCAAUUGGUAUUGCGCAAACGAUUGGCAUGAUCGGCUUGGGUUACGUUGGCGAUCGUCCGUGGAUGAAUGUGAAUAUUUGUUAUUCAGCGUGUAUGGUGGUUUGUGGCGUUUCCGUGCUGCUAAUGCCCAUACUGGUGUACAGUUACAUUGGCUUGUUGUUGGCAUGCAUCAUUUUUGGCUUCACCUUUGCCAGUUCAUUUUCAUUUACACCCAGCAUUUUGGUCAGUAUUGUGGAUUUAGAUGACUUCACCUGUGCCUACGGAUUGGUGCUUUUGGUGCAAGGUGUCGGUAUGAUUGCAGGACCACCAAUCGCUGGUGCGAUUUACGAAAUGACGCUGAGAUGGGAUAAUGCAUUCUAUUUUGCUGGUGUAUUUGUUGCCUUAUCUGGCGUGGCCUCUUAUUUGAUAGAAUUCUGCGAGAAACGAGAAAAGGGCAGCGACAGCGAUGUCUCCGACACUAAGAAAGCUAAUUUGAUACAUUAAAUUUCUAAAUACACCCACACAUACAUAUACGCAUAUGUUUAAUAAAUUUAUGUAAACAGAUUUCUAUCAACUAAACAUACAUACAUACAUACAUAGACUUACAUACAUGCCUAAAUAGUAAUUAUUGAUUAGAGAAAUGAAAUGAAAUUUUGUUU